AUGCUUACUCACAUACUCCUUUUGCUUAGCACCAUCACCUCCGUGCUCAGCUGCAUCGACCAUACGAACUACUUUGCCCCUCAGCACAACCACUCCAAUCAUCUAUCCAUCCGCGCCGAAGAAGGCGACACCAAAGACUGGUCCUAUCCCUCAUUCAACUGGCCCGAGAUUCGCGUAGAAUAUGCGCUCUGCCAUAAUGGCACACAGCAGUCCCCCAUCGGCCUUUCCGGUUCUCAAGGUCAUUCCAAGAAGACAACACCUGUUUUCGAUAGAUAUAAGAAGGCGAAAGGAGAGUUGUAUAACUGGGACCACGGGGUAGCAUUCAAUUUCUAUCAUCCAGAAGGUGACUUUUCGGGCUUGCCGAGCAUGGAGAUUCAGGGCCAAGGAAGAGCAACAGAAAGAGUGUUUUUGACAGGGUGGCAUAUGCAUACCCCUAGUGAGCAUAUGGUUGACGGGGUAAGGACUCAUGCGGAGAUGCAUUUCGUGCACGUGAACACUAAUGGCACCGCGCGUGCCGUGAUUGGGGUUCUUAUCCAGGCUGGCACCUUCGACUCUCCGUUCUUCGCACAGCUUCCAAAACCCCUUAUCUACUUCAACAAUGACUCCACUGUACAGAAUGUCGAGAUAGAUCCAUACUUGGCUAUUCGCGAGGUGAAAGAUUAUGCUAAGUUCUGGACGUACAAGGGGAGCUACACGACACCACCUUGUACCCAGGGUUUGCAGUGGUUUGUGUCGAGGGACAUUUUGUAUACGAGUGUGAGGCAGAUGCAAGAGAUUCUCGGAGUCGGAACAUAUUCGGCCAGGGAGAUCCAACAGAUUUGGCUGCAUGAAGUGAAUGCCUAA